UUUAGCAUGAAAACCGAAUCCGGAAAAAAAAAACCUUCAGAAAAAUACUCCAGAAAUAAAUAUACGCGAUUGCAGGGACAAAACCAGAACAUCGCUUUCACAUAUCAUCGUUAACACAUACACUGAUUUACAUAUAUUUCAAGAUUCUGGACACAGGAAAAAAUGAGUUGUAGUAAAAAUGAAACAAAAGGAGUGCAAAUUGAGGAAGAAGAAGAGCCAAUACUAAUGGAACAGCCCCAGAAGUUCUGUAUGUUCCCUAUUAAAUACCCUCAACUCUGGGAGAUGUAUAAGAGGGCUCAAGCCAGUUUUUGGGCAGUGGAGGAAGUUGAUCUUUCUCUCGAUGUGCAACACUGGGAAACUUUGUCUACUUCUGAGAAACAUUUUAUAAGCCACGUUUUGGCCUUUUUCGCUGCAUCAGAUGGAAUUGUUCUGGAAAAUUUAGCUGCAAGAUUUUUGAAUGAUGUUCAAAUUCCUGAGGCUCGAGCUUUUUAUGGUUUUCAGAUUGCAAUGGAAAAUAUUCAUUCUGAGAUGUACAGCUUACUUUUGGAAACAUAUAUCAAAGAUUCGAUGGAGAAGCAUAGAUUGUUUAAUGCCAUUGAAAGUAUUCCAUGUGUUGCUCAAAAAGCUCAGUGGGCUUUAAACUGGAUCAGAAGUUCUACGUCUUUUGCGGUAAGACUUGUUGCUUUUGCUUGUGUUGAAGGAAUAUUCUUUUCAGGAAGCUUUUGUGCCAUCUUUUGGCUUAAAAAGAGAGGAUUGAUGCCAGGUUUGACAUUCUCAAAUGAACUUAUUUCAAGAGAUGAGGGUCUUCAUUGUGACUUUGCUUGCAGUCUAUACAGUUUACUAUGGAAGAAACUGCAGCCACAAAAAGUUCAUCAGAUUGUGCAUGAAGCUGUAGAUAUAGAGUGUCAGUUUGUUUGUGAGGCCCUCCCAUGCGCUUUGAUUGGCAUGAAUGCAACCUUGAUGAGCCAGUAUAUAAAAUUUGUUGCUGACAGAUUGUUGGAAGCCUUAGGGUGCGAGAGGAAGUACAAUGUAGAGAAUCCCUUUGACUGGAUGGAAUUCAUCUCUUUGCAAGGAAAAGCCAACUUUUUCGAGAGACGGGUGGGAGAUUAUCAGAAGGCUUCUAUUAUGUCAAAUUUACAACAUGGCGACGGAAACUUUGUCUUUAAACUGGAUGAAGAUUUCUAAUGGCUCUCUCUGUUCAUCGUAUGUAUUCAGAUUUAUUGAUAUCCAAUCCUAAAUAUAUAUUAAGGUUUAGUUAUUGUGGUCGGUGUAAAGAUAUCAGUUUUACUUUUGAACAGCCAGUUGUAAUUAAAAAAAAAUUACUAAUCGAUGUUAGAUGCUACUUCCUCCGUCCCGGCCAAUUUUUUAUGUUUGGUUUAGGCACGGAGGUUAAUAUAUAUGUACUCCCUCCGUCCU